CGGACAAUAAACGGUCAUUAAGUAUUUUCUUAGCUGAUUCAGUUUAUUCAACUACAAAAUCUUUCAGAACUUCCAUCGGAAAUAUCUCGUACAUAAACAUUUGCAUCAAUGAAUCGAUUACUAACAGACUUUCCACUUCUAUGCUCAAAAGUGAUGUAUAAAGCAUAUUAGAAUAGAACUGUACCCGGACUAACGGAUGAACAUUUGACACCUCAUAUGACCACGCCACAUGCGAGAUACUUAAGCGCAUUGUUUAAAACCACCACUGAGAUCUAUAUCGCCGGAGGGGGGAAAUACAACCUCACUCUCCAGUUGGCGUAUUUGCGUCCCAGGAAUGCCGGUCGGGGAUUCACAAACUCGUCUUGUGGAUAAUCUUGGUUUAGACUUGAAUCCAUAUAAUAUUGUCCAAGGCAAAUCAUUCACCCGGUCUGUAUCAAUUAGUGAACCGACUUCAACUCCACCAGAGUGUUGUAUUACAUCACAUAUUAAUAGUGCUAUUAUCGGUGAUUGUCUACCGUCUAUACGAUCAGCCAGUGGGGAAGGCGGCAGUACAACAUCAGAUAUUUCCUUCUCCCCAUUCUCUUCUGCGGCUACAGCUAUUACGCCUGAAAGUCCCCUACCACCGGAUUCAAAUUGUUUCCAGUCAAAUCCAUUAGCGUCAAUCAUUGGCUAUUCUGACGUUGGUGGUGUUGAUUUUCCUGUUCAACAUUCGACCACUACUACUAGUACUCCUGCGACUAUGAAUAUGUCUACCGAUAAUACUAAUAAUGAUGAUGUCGAUGUUCCAAUAAGCCAGCCUACUGAAAAUUCACCUAAACCAAAUCAUUCAAAUGUUUUCAAUCAAUCAAUUGAUCAUAAUCAACAAAAUACCUCCUCCUCAACCUCUUCUCCUUCUCUCUCUUCCUCUUUACGACAAUUUAAUGAUAAUAAUAAUCAUGAUAGUAUCUACAAUUAUAAUGUAUUAUUUCAAAAUCCAAUUACUUUGAGAACAAUAAAUUUCCUUUCACAUUUACUUGAUUCACGUCUAUCUCCAGACUGGCGUACACUUUUAGAAUAUUGGCAAAGAAAUACUGUUAAGUUGGAUUUAUCUUCUGGUACUUCCCAGUCAUAUUCUUCUACAAUCCCCAAUAUCCCUAAUACUGCUACUACUACUCUUACACCAACAAUUAAUUGUACAGAUAAUACAGAUUUUACUCGGUCAUCGUCAUCUGAUCAAGAAGUAUGCGCAGUGAAACGUUUCAAACCGAAUAGUUCAUCUCAGACUCAAAAUGAAAUUCAACCUGCAAGUAAUGAACCAUCUGCUACUACCAAUACCACCAUACUACCAUUCACUUCUCUUGUGUAUCAUCAUCAAUCUCAUCAGUCAAUUCCGUCAACAUUUAUAUCUGCACGAUUAAUUCUAUGCGCCAGAAAUCUCGCUGAUCAUUUUGAGUCUAGAUAUCGUGAUAAAUUGGGCAGUUUAUUAGAAGAUGUAGCGCGUUUAAAUAGUAAUUCCAAUGGUGAUAAUAUUAAUUAUAACAUAGAUGAUCAAAGUUGUACAGAAGAGACAAACAAAACAACAAAGAUUAGUGUUAAUGAUAAUGUUACUAAUGUGCAUGAUACUAACAUAAGUGUGAAGAGUGAUAGUAGGAUUGGUGAUGGUGACGCCAGUGGUGCUUCUAGUCAUGUGAGCGAUGAUUCACUUCAAACUCGAUUGGAAAUGGCACGAUGUCAAUUUCAUAGUGUUCUAGAAGAAUUAUUUCUUGAACGUAUUAACUGGGGUCGUAUAAUUGCAAUGUUGGCAUUUUUGCGAACAUUAUGUGAAGUUGUUGAAGAUAACAAUAAACGUAUGGAUUAUUCAGUUUCACAUCAGUCAGUGCAACAGUAUCAUGGUGUUUCUAAGUCAACUGAUUUGCCCAUUAUUUCUUGUGAACAAGUUGAGCAUAAUGAUGCUGUUACAUCUGAUUGUAAUAAGCAAUUAUCUUCUACUGAUCCAUCUUCUUCAUGCAGUGAUAAAACUACAGAUAGAAAAUUGAAAGAUAAAAAUUCAGAAACUACAAUGGAUCCUCAUCGGUCAAAUGCUAGUGACUUGCGUUUGGUGUCAUUCACAAGACCUUGCGCAGCUGAUUAUACUUUGUGGACAACUGAGUUUAUACAUGGUCCCCGAGGACUUUGGAAUUGGAUAUCAUCUCAUGGAAAUUGGGAGGGACUUAUAAAUUUUGAAUCACAACGCGAUGAAACUGACCAAUCAACAAUAACCUCGACAACAAUUGGAAAUAAUAGUUUAAUUAGUUUAGUCACUGGUAGUUUCACAGAUGAUGAUACGUUACGUUCACUUCGAAAUGCUUUGACUAGUGUAGCAACAAUAGCUGUUGGAGCUGUCGGCCUAGUCGCUGCUUAUCGUUUUUUCAGUAGACGUUUAUAAGUGAUAUGAAGAAGAAAAAGAUAAUUAUGAUGAUGAUGACGUCAGCAACAGCAUUAAUCAUUGGUUAGUAAUUAUCAACAGUUAUUCAUCAUUAUUUAAUUCUCCAUGUUCGCAUUCAUUACCUACCUAUUACACUUCAGAAUUACAUAUGAACAUAGUGUACACUAGUUAUAUCUGCUUACAUCUUCAUUCCGGUGACAUUUUUAUGUAUUCAUACUUACAUAUUUUCUCUUAUACAUACAAAAAGAAACUAUUCAGUUGAAUUUUUCUUUCCAUAUAAAGAAAAGAAUCUUCAGUUUGUUCUUCUCCCACCUUCAAUACAUCUUUCAUGUAUUCAACUAUCGUCAAUAUAAAAUUGUCGGUGACGUUCAACAAUGACAAUUAUAUCCGUUGCUUUAAUGAUCUAUAAACUAUUCAACACAGUAACGGUACCAUUGAUGCUCUUUGUCUGUGUGUGUAUUUUCUUCGCACACUUUUCCAUACAAUUAUAAGUGGAUUCACACAUAUACACAUACAUCCACUUUCUUCACCUCGUGUUGUUUCUCUUUAUCGAUUAACGUUUUUAUAUAUUUUCCUAUUGAUAAUGCCAGUGCUGGUGUGUAGAUUUCGUUUCAUGUGAGUCUUAAUUUUUUCCACGUUUCUGUUUGUUUUCUAUUCAGUGACGAUUCCCUGUUCAUAUUAUUUUGAUUAGAUAAUAGGCUAUAAAAUCUCUUUUUAUUCAACCGAUUAGAAACAUGUGUAUGCUGCAGAAGCUCACCCUCACAAGAUCGAAAUGAAAAGGUAUACAAUAAAACUGGUGACGAAAUUAAUCAAUGAAACAGAACAUAUAUAUGAAUUUAGAAACUCCUCUUGUGGUGUAAAGUGAACAAAAGUUUUAAUGUAUGGUGUAAUAUAUAAAAUUAUUAUUAACUUUUCGCUGUUACUCCAAAUUUCAUGAUGAUGAUGACAACAAUAACGACUAUAUUGGCUUAUUACUAUUAAGUCGUGCACUUUUCCAUAUGAAUAUGAUACAAGAGGAGUUUCUGAAUUCAUAUGUAUGUUCUGUUUCAUUGAUUAAUUUCUUCACCAGUUUUAUUGUAUACCUUUUCAUUUAGAUCUUGUGAGGGUGAGCUUCUGCAGCAUACACAUGUUUCUAAUCGGUUGAAUAAAAAGAGAUUUCAUAGCCUAUCAUCUAGAAUUUACUACUACUAAUUGGCAUGAUAAUGAUAAGCUCGUGUUUCUCUUGUUUAUAUCUGUUCUCUUUAUUUUUAACUGUUUUUCUUUUUAUCUCGACUGACUGGUUUUGUCCUAUGUGUUUAUAGAUGUUUUUAAACUUUGUGCAUAUUACAGGAUAAAUUGUUGAAUUAAAGCGUUUCUAUGUGCACCAACCAGUCAAACUUGUAUGUGGAUGAUCGAGCUUAUCAGUGGUGUCUGCUUUUUUUUCUUUAAAAGAAAAUGAUGCCGAACGUAACACAAACGAUCUAACUCAUCUUUUCUACGUAUCUACCUCUGUCAGCAUUAUUAUUAUUAUUAUUGUUACCAUCGUGCUGAUUGUCAUCAACACAAACAUCUUUUCUUAGUGUCGUUUUUUCUGCUCUCUCUCCUUCUCCUCUGUAAAUCAACUUAAGUUUUAUUAAAAAAUUCUUUGGUUAUUUCAACUACAUAUGUAUGUGUGCAUAAUUGUCUGUUUAUUGUAAUAUGUUCAUACCAUUUUAGUUGGUGGUAACUGUUACAUUCAUAACUGACUAAACCUAUAUCGAUCAUUGACUCUAUUUCGUUUUCCGAGUCAUUAUUGCAAUAAUUUAACUUUUAAUCGUUUUACGCUUACACGUUCACUUACAUUUAUCUAACUAUCGGAUCAUGGAAACAGUAUGUUUGUCACACACACACACACACACACAAGUACAUAUACAAUUGUUUAUUUUAUAGCUUUAUCAUUAUUAUUAUGCUUUUACGGCAGAUAAAAUCCAACCAUCUUGUUUUAUUGUAGAGAAAAUAUCAUUUCACUUGGAUAUUGUGUUGUAUUCAUUUUUUUCGUUUGUUAUUAUUAUUGUAUCUUCGAAAUAAUAAAAUACCUCUUCACAACUGAA